GCUCCGCGGCCGCCAUUUUCUUUCUUUCUUAGCAGUUGGCUGAGAGAAGGUCUGUGUGGAGAGCGGUAGCGGCCACAGUAGGGUAGAGAUGGCAGACUAUUCAACAGUCCCUCCACCCUCCUCUGGCUCAGCUGGCGGUGGAGGCGGCGGCGGCGGCGGCGGCGGUGUUAACGAUGCUUUCAAAGAUGCGCUGCAGAGAGCCCGGCAGAUUGCAGCAAAAAUUGGAGGUGAUGCUGGUACAUCACUGAAUUCAAAUGACUAUGGUUAUGGGGGACAAAAAAGACCUUUGGAAGAUGGAGAUGGCUCUUGGACAAGUCCGAGCAGUACAACACACUGGGAGGGAAUGCCCUCUCCUUUUAAAGAUCAACCAGAUGCUAAGAAAGUUGCUCCUCAAAAUGACUCUUUUGGGACGCAGUUACCACCGAUGCAUCAGCAGCAAAGCAGGUCUGUAAUGACUGAAGAAUACAAAGUUCCAGAUGGAAUGGUUGGAUUUAUUAUUGGCAGAGGAGGUGAACAAAUCUCACGUAUACAGCAGGAAUCUGGAUGCAAAAUACAGAUUGCUCCUGACAGUGGUGGCCUUCCAGAAAGGUCUUGUAUGUUAACUGGAACACCUGAGUCUGUCCAGUCAGCAAAACGAUUACUGGACCAGAUUGUUGAAAAAGGAAGACCAGCCCCUGGCUUCCAUCAUGGUGAUGGACCAGGAAAUGCAGUUCAAGAAAUAAUGAUUCCAGCUAGCAAAGCUGGAUUAGUUAUUGGAAAGGGGGGAGAGACUAUUAAACAACUUCAGGAACGGGCUGGAGUUAAAAUGGUUAUGAUUCAAGAUGGACCUCAGAACACUGGUGCUGACAAACCUCUUAGGAUUACUGGAGAUCCAUACAAAGUUCAACAAGCCAAGGAAAUGGUGUUAGAGUUAAUUCGUGAUCAAGGUGGUUUCAGAGAAGUUCGAAAUGAGUAUGGGUCAAGAAUUGGAGGAAAUGAAGGGAUAGAUGUCCCCAUUCCAAGAUUUGCUGUUGGCAUUGUAAUAGGAAGAAAUGGAGAGAUGAUUAAAAAAAUACAAAAUGAUGCUGGUGUUCGAAUUCAGUUUAAGCCAGAUGAUGGAACAACACCUGACAGGAUAGCACAAAUAACAGGACCUCCAGACCGAUGUCAACAUGCUGCAGAAAUUAUUACAGACCUUCUUAGAAGUGUUCAGGCUGGUAAUCCUGGUGGACCUGGACCUGGUGGUCGAGGGAGAGGUAGAGGUCAGGGCAACUGGAACAUGGGACCACCUGGUGGACUUCAGGAAUUUAAUUUCAUUGUACCAACUGGGAAAACUGGAUUAAUAAUAGGAAAAGGAGGUGAAACCAUAAAAAGCAUAAGCCAACAGUCUGGUGCAAGAAUAGAACUUCAGAGAAAUCCACCACCUAAUGCAGACCCUAAUAUGAAGUUAUUUACAAUUCGUGGCACUCCACAACAAAUAGACUAUGCUCGGCAACUCAUAGAAGAAAAGAUUGGUGGCCCAGUAAAUCCUUUAGGGCCACCUGUACCCCAUGGGCCCCAUGGUGUCCCAGGGCCCCAUGGGCCUCCUGGGCCUCCUGGGCCUGGAGCUCCAAUGGGACCAUACAACCCUGCACCUUAUAAUCCAGGACCACCUGGCCCUGCUCCUCAUGGUCCUCCAGCCCCUUAUGCUCCCCAGGGGUGGGGAAAUGCAUAUCCACACUGGCAGCAACAGGCCCCUCCUGAUCCAGCUAAGGCAGGAACUGAUCCAAAUUCCCCAGCUUGGGCUGCAUAUUAUGCUCACUAUUACCAACAGCAAGCACAGCCACCACCUGCAGCUCCCACUGGUGCACCAACUACAGCCCAAACCAAUGGACAAGGUGAUCAACAGAAUCCAGCUCCAGCUGGACAGGUUGAUUAUACCAAGGCUUGGGAAGAAUACUACAAGAAAAUGGGUCAAGCUGUUCCUGCUCCAACUGGUGCUCCACCAGGUGGUCAGCCAGAUUACAGUGCAGCCUGGGCUGAAUACUAUAGACAACAAGCAGCCUACUAUGCCCAGACAAGUCCCCAGGGAAUGCCACAGCAUCCUCCAGCACCUCAGUGCCUUCCCAGACCUUCCACCUUAGGUUCUGCUGCAAAAAGCAACAGUGCUGAAGAUGCUGCAAGCACCAAAUCAUAGCUCAUAAAAUCAGGUCCUGAGAUAGUUACCCAUAAAGAGGAAUCCUUUGAGUGUAUGCCAUUGGUGAGCCGAUGAGCAUGGACCAUAGAAGGGCUCAAUGUAGAAGGUAAAAUUGGCGAAUCAUAAUUGAGAAAUAUGAAAUGUAUUCCCAUACAUAAUAUGGUAUAGGGUAUAAUGUACCUGCUUUUGAUCACUUCAUUUUAAAGUGCUAUUCACUUGCUCUUAAAUGUUCCGUGAACUGUUAAGUUUCAUAAGUUAUGUAGUUAUUGCACCACAUUUGUGUGUGCGCAUUUGUGUGUGCGUGUGUGUGUGUGUGUGUGUGUGUGUGUGUUUGAUAGUCAAUGAUAGGUAUGUUAAGAUAAUAUAAAGGAGCUCUUUGAACUUUCAGAGAUUGUCAAGUUUGGGUUAGCUGUAGCUUGCAUUUUUACGAAAGAAAAUACAGAUGAAUGCUAAUAGAUAUUGGGGCAUUGUUUCUGUCUUAUGAGAAAUUUUUGUCAUUACCAUAAGCCUUCACUAAUACUGCAAGCAUUUUUUUAAUGGCGCUAAUCUUAACCUUGAAAUUAAUGCAAAGCAGAAAAGGUGAGCCAGUUGGUUUGAAUACAAUGGGUGUUAGGAGUGGUAGAAACAAUGUUUAGUUUAGAUUGAAAUUGAACUGACUUAUUUUAUUUUGCACUUAAAAUUUUGAAAAUGUUUUUUUUUUAAGAUAUGUUAGUGUGAUACUUAGAAUUCUUAUGUUUUGAUGUUUCUUUUAGAAAUGAGAAGUAUGCUUUUAUUUUUAACAAAUGGUUAGAACUAGUCAUUUAAUACUAGUUGUUUAUAGACAUUGUAAAAUAUAUCCUUAGACAAAUACCUUGGUAGUUAAUUCAGAAGGGUGGGUUUGGGUAGGAGUAGCAGAGUACCUUAAGAGAGAAAGAGGAAUAUACACAGAAGGGAUAACAUUUCAUUUGUGUGAAUACUCUGCCAAGAGAAUCAGUUCUAUGUGCAAAGUUGUCUGUUGUCUAGAAUAGGGGUAUAGAAAUUAGUAAUCAAUGGGGAUGUCUUAUUUUUAGUUCUUGACAAUUCUGCCUCGUUUUAAAAUGUAUUUUAACAAUACCUAAAAGAUAAUUUUGACUCUGAAAAUAACCUUAUUUUUUGCUUAGUCACUUGAGUUUUAUUGCCACAGUAUAAACUUCUGAGGGAUUUUUUACAUUGGUGUUUCUAAGAAGCAAAUAAAUCCCAGGGUUUUAUUUUCUUCAUUUAUACCCCUAUAGAAACUCUUAAAUGUACUUGCACAUAUAUAUAUUUUUUCUUAUGCAUGCUCGAUGCAUUUUCGUCCUGAGAAAAGUGUUCUCUACAGAAACUACCCGUGUGUAAAAAGAAGAUUGGCUUAAAAUGGCUACUGUGAUGGGAACAGUGUCUUAGGGAGAUGCAGCUUGGACUGGAGGUAAAUUGAAUACUUUACAAACUGUGGUUUAGAGUUUGCUUUAAUGACAUUGUAUGUAAAAGGACACAUGAUUGCUGUAAUUUUGUAUUAUGGUUUCCUCAAUAAAAAAAUAAAUGUACAUUGAUGAAUAUUAUAA